CCACCCAUUAUCAACUGGGCAAAAAUCGAAAAUCGUAAGAAUUGGUGAAUGGAAUCCUGAUACUGUGAUUUAAUUCAUGGAGCUCAAUAUCCCAACCAUCGAUUUUCCUCUCCAUUCCUUUUCCAAGAUUAGGGUUUCCACGCUCCCCAAGUUUCCUUCCAAUCUUAUUUUCCUCCAGCGACACCGUUCCUGGAAUGCAUUCUCCACCCUCCGUCUGUCGGCCACGGCGGCAGUGGGCGCGGCGGCGCUGGAACAACCAGGAGGGAAGAUGGUGGUGGAAUUGGUCGGAGCAUUCAACGAGCUAACGGAGAGAAUGAAGGUGGUGUCGAGCAGUUCUAGUAGUAUACUGUUCAAGUGUCUCAAGCUUUCCAUCCCUCUUCUUCAGGCCUUGCCUCUUUGCCCCGAUGGAUCGCCCCUCUCCAAGGCCUUGUCCGUUGCUCUUAUUCUCGCCGAUCUUCAGAUGGAUGCAGAAGUUAUUUCAGCUGGUAUAUUGAGAGAAGUUUUGGAGGCGGGUGCUGUUACCAUAUAUGAAGUUAGAGAUCGAAUUGGAACUGGUACUGCUCAUCUAUUGCAUGAAAGCUUGCGAGUGAAGCAAAUUCCUUCAAAAGUGGAAGUCUUGGAUGAUGAUAGUACUGCCGCAUUAAGGAAAUUCUGCUUGACUUAUUAUGAUGUCAGAGCUGUGAUUCUAGAUCUUGCUAUUAGACUUGAUAUGAUGAAACAUCUAGAUUACCUGCCAAGAUAUCAACAACAAAUGCUUUCCCUCGAGGUUAUGAAGAUACAUGUUCCCUUAGCUCAUGCUGUAGGAACCAACUUCCUAUCACUGGAGCUGGAGGAUCUCUCCUUCCGAUACUUGUUUCCCUAUUCAUACCUUUAUGUUGAUACAUGGUUAAGAAGCCAUGAGACAGGAAGUAAACCUCUAAUAGAUGUGUACAGGGAACAUCUGCUUCAAUCCUUGAAAGCUGACCAUUUGUUAGCAGAGAUGGUGGAUGAUAUCUCAGUCAAAGGUCGCUAUAAAAGUCGCUAUAGCACCAUGAAGAAGCUUUUAAAAGAUGGCCGAAAACCGGAAGAAAUAAAUGAUAUUUUAGGAUUGCGAGUCAUAUUGAAGCCUAGAUCUGGAGUAAAUACGUCAAAAUUAGGUGAGAAGGCUUGCUAUAGAACACGUGAAAUUAUCCAAUCUUUAUGGAAAGAAAUGCCACACAGGACAAAAGAUUACAUUGCCAAGCCCAAAGCAAAUGGAUAUAAGAGUUUACAUAUGGCAGUUGAUGUGAGUGAAGGAGGCAGGACUAAACCACCAAUGGAAAUACAAAUACGGACUACAGAGAUGGACAUGAUGGCAUCUGGUGGAACAGCAUCCCAUUCAUUGUACAAGGGUGGUGUUACUGAUCCAGAAGAGGCCAAACAGCUUAAGGCAAUUAUGAUGGCUGCAGCUGAAUUAGCUGCACUGCGUCUCAAAGACCUUCCUUCCACAAAUCCUAAAGGUACUGAGAUUAACCAGAGAGAUCAAGCAUUUUGCCUUCUUGACAAGAAUGGAGAUGGUAGGAUCAGCAUUGAAGAACUCAUGGAAGUAAUGGAAGAACUUGGUGCCCAGGGGGAAGAUGCUCGGGAGAUGAUGCAGCUUCUUGAUUCAAACAGUGAUGGUUCUCUGAGUUCUGAUGAAUUUGAUUUGUUUCAAAAGCAGGUUGAAAUUAUGCGUAAUUUAGAGGAUAGAGAUGACCAAUACAGAACCAUGUUGAAUGAAAAGCUACACAUGGCAGAAAGUAAUGGCCAGAUCCAGGUAUACAGGAAAGAGAUUGAUGACAGGCUUGCAGUAAGUUAGUAAGUUCAGUGGAAAUAUGCUCUUUAGAGGGUUAUUUUAUUACCCUUUUUCAUCAUGUAUAGAAUUUACCUGUAAUAUAUAUAGUUAACCUGAACUAAAGAUAGAGCAGACUGAUUUCAUCGAACUUGUGUAAGUUCAUCAGCAGCUAGCUUGUAAAUGAGAACUCCUCUUUCUUCCCUGAAAAUAUUGUAUAGUUAUCAUCAAUAAACUUAAGAGGACAUUUUUUGUUUGGAAA